UUCCGUACGUUACACACUAGCAGAAACAGACAGCAGCCUGUCACGUUCCGUCCACACACACAAAAAAACCUUUUCGGAAAUAAAGUUUUAGUUUUUUUACAUAUUGUACACGUUUCUUCAAAGUAUAAGACGAUGGCGCAGUGGUGCCAGCUCCAGAUGCUGGAGAGCAAGUACCUGGAGCAGGUGGACCAGCUGUACGACGACUCGUUCCCCAUGGACAUCCGCCAGUACCUGAGCAAGUGGAUCGAGAGCAUCGACUGGGACACGGUGGCGAUUCAGGACUCUCUUGCCACCAUUCGCUUCCACGACCUCCUGGCUCAGCUGGACGACCAACACAGCCGCUUCGCCCUGGACAACAACUUCCUGCUGCAGCACAACAUCCGCAAGAUCAAGAGGAACCUGCAGGAUCGCUUCCAGGAAGAUCCAGUCCACAUGGCCAUGAUCAUCUCCAGGAACCUGAAGGAGGAGCAGAAGAUCCUGGAAGGCGCAAAGAGCACCGAGCAGGAGGGUGAGGGGACGGUGUCGGCCAUGGUGGUGGAGAAACAGAAGCUGGACAACAAAGUGAAGGAAAUGAAAGACAGAGUCCAGGUGGCAGAUCAAAACAUUAAGAAGCUAGAAGAUCUGCAGGACGAGUAUGACUUUAAAAUCAACACACUGAAGAACAGAGAGAACGAAAUGAACAGCAUGACGCCAAAGGAGCUGGAGAAAGAGAAGAUGACGGUUGGGAGGAUGUGCUUCGAACUGAAAGCCAAACGACAGGACGUGGUGACCCAGCUGGCCGACCUCCUGAACGUCACUCAGGCUUUACUGUCAGACCUGAUCUCUGAAGAACUGCCGGAGUGGAAGCAGCGGCAGCAGAUCGCCUGCAUCGGAGGCCCGCCCAACGCCUGCGUGGACCAGCUGCAGAACUGGUUCACGGCCGUGGCAGAGAGUCUCCAGCAGGUCCGCCAGCACCUGAAGAAGCUGCAGGAGUUAGAGCAGAAGUUCACCUACGACAACGACCCCAUCACGCAGAAAAAAGCUUACCUGGAGGCCCGAGCCCUGGAACUCCUCAAGAACCUCCUCUCUAACUCCCUGGUUGUAGAGAGGCAGCCCUGCAUGCCCACCCACCCACAGAGACCCCUGGUGCUGAAAACAGGCGUCCAGUUCACAGUCAAACUCCGGUUCCUGGUGAAGCUGCAGGAGUUUAACUACGAGCUCAAAGUCAAGGCCGUGUUUGAUAAAGAUGUGACGGACAAGAAAGGAUUUCGGAAGUUUAAUAUUUUGGGAACAAACACCAAAGUCAUGAACAUGGAGGAGUCGAACGGCAGCCUGGCAGCAGAGUUCAGACAUUUGCAACUGAAAGAGCAGAAGGUUGCCGGCAACCGAACAAACGAGGGUCCUCUGAUCGUCACAGAAGAGCUUCACUCGCUGAGCUUCGAGUCUGAGCUGCUGCUCAACCAGUCUGGACUCACUAUCAAACUGGAGGCCAUUUCUCUGCCUGUUGUGGUCAUCUCUAACGUCUGUCAGCUGCCCAGUGGCUGGGCCUCCAUCCUCUGGUACAACAUGCUGAACACCGAGCCCAAGAAUCUGAAGUUCUUCCUCACCCCUCCGGCGGCCAAGUGGUCCCAGCUGUCCGAGGUCCUCAGCUGGCAGUUCUCCUCCGUCACCAAGCGAGGCCUGAGCCAGGAGCAGCUCAACAUGCUGGCUGACAAGCUGCUCGGAGCCAAAGCCCAGAGGAACCCAGAGGGACAAAUCCCCUGGGUCAAGUUCUGCAAGCAGCAGAGUGCCAACGAGAAGGCCUUUCCCUUCUGGUUGUGGAUCGAAGGAAUCCUAGACCUGAUUAAAAGGCACCUGCUCUCCCUCUGGAACGACGGCUGCAUCCUGGGCUUCAUCAGUAAGGAGAGGGAGAAGGCCCUGCUGAGCGAUAAAUGUCCCGGGACCUUCCUGCUCCGGUUCAGCGAGAGCAGCAGGGAGGGAGCCAUCACCUUCACCUGGAUCGAACACGACGUCCACGACAAGCCGCUUUUCCACUCCGUGGAGCCGUACACAAAGAAGGAACUGUCCGCCGUCUCCCUGCCCGACAUCAUCCGCACCUAUAAGGUGAUGGCCGCCGAGAACAUCCCCGAGAACCCGCUCCGCUUCCUCUACCCUAAUAUCCCCAAAGACAAGGCCUUCGGGAAGUACUACCCCAAACCCUCAGAGACUGCGGAGCCCAUGGACGUGGAGAACGGUCCAGAGAAGACCGGCUACAUGAAGACGGAGCUCAUAUCUGUCUCAGAAGUGCACCCGUCCAGAUUGCAGGACAACAUGAUGCCGAUGUCUCCCGACGACUACAAGGUUCUGGCCCAGUACGUCAGUCCCAGAGACAUCGACGCUGUGACCAACAAUCUGAUUUCGGGAUUUGGACAGUUUGACGUUCAGAUGAGUGCAGAGUUCCCGGACCAAAACUGAAGGCUUUCUUCACUUUAUAGUGUACUUUCUGCCUUCUUUCAUGCUCUUUAGUGAUGAUGGAAAGUCCUUGACACUGUCAGAUUAUGGGAUCAGGAUGGAGGUCAGUGAAGUAACCAGUCCCCUAGAGACUAAAGCCCACCUGUUUGACAGUAUAUUACUGAGGAUAAACAUUCUUAGAUCUUGAACUUGCCUAUUUUGACAGUUUUCAUCAUCAUCAAAGUAAUCCAGUAAAUCACUGUUAAUGCUAAAAUUGCCCCUCCUUUUAGACAUAAUCCGU